AUGUCUGUUGUGGUUUUCCAAAUAUUUGGUGUUAAUGGUGAAAUUGACAUCAGAGGCGAAGACACAGAAAUAUGCCUACAGGUCAACCAAGUGAUACCAAAUCAGUUGGGAAAUAUCAGUGUUCGACACUACCUUUGCAACAGAACUGUUGGCUCUGACUAUAAAUCUGUGGCUGGACCAGUUAAUUCAUCACCUGAGAUUAGUUUGAGAUGGGAAAGUGGGCCUAGUGCUGUCAUACAUUCCCUGCUGGCUGUAAAAAAUGGUUUUCUUCAGUGUCAUGUAGAGAACUUCAGUGCUGAAUUUCUAACAUCUUCCCUCACAAACAUUCAGCAUUUUCUAGAAGAUGAAACUGUCGCAGAAGUGAUGCCUAUGAAGAUAAAAGUUUCUAAUGCAAGGAUUAAUUUAAAAGAUGACAGUCCACGUGAAAAUCUCAAGGCAUCUGAGCUGGUACCCAUAAAACUACAUAUUGACAUACUCUGGAUAGAAAGAAAUGAUGAUGGGUCUUUUCUCAUUAGAGACAAUCAAAGAGUAAAUGAUGUCUCAAAGAUGAAGGUUACAAGUAGUGCAUUGCAACAAGCAACUGGACCUGUUGGACAUAAAACACAGGACCAAGCCACGCAGACUACUUGUGAAAUUCCUAGACCUUCUAAAUCAAGGAGGGAUUCAACUGAUUUCCUUAAAAAUGAGCUUAUUGAAGAAAAUGAAUGUCUCAAACAGGAACUAGCCAAAGCUAAAAUGGCUCUUGCCGAGGUCCAAAUGGAAAAAGAUGCCCUGCUUCAUCGUAUAAAAAAGAUGAAUGUUGAUCAUCAGUAGGACAAUGUUCUCUUCAUGCAAGGCGUCAUCAAAGAAGUUCAGGUGAUGGUGGCAUCUAAAAUACUGUUUGUGAAUCCGUGGAAGACAUGGUUGUUUUUUUUUUGUCACAGACAGAGUUUUCUCAUAUGAAGAAAAUGUUUG